AUGGAUGUCGUUCCCCGAGAACUGGAUGGCAUUCACCCGCCUGACAAUGUCCAACUAUCCAAUGGCCGCAGCUUAAACGCCACAGUUGAACGAGCGCUCGCCGCCUUUGACAUGUUCAUUCUCCACGAUCGCCCUGGUGACGUGGACGAACUGCCCACAGCUAUCGCGGACAGCAUGCACCUUGACCCGUACGGCACGGAUGAGGAAGUUCCGAAGGAUACGCUGCUGGCGUUGCUUGCCAACUUUGGCUGGCAAGCUAAUGCCGACAUAUUCCUCUCGUCUGGCCAGCCCCGGAGCCUCAUCAUGCGCCUAGCACACAACAUCCGUGCUACCUUUACGCCCGACCUUUCCGGCCCCAACCAGCCCGAGCCCUAUGUCCCGUCUUUCGAUACGUCGCGUCCCGCCAGCGGCAGCAGCGUGAUCAACCGUGACUCGGCGCUUCUCGCCUUUGUCUGGGCUCGCCUCAUGCUUUUGCCACCCAACGGCCUCGAAUGGGUGGACUCGCUCCACCGCAUCUUUGACCGCUUCACUACCUCUUGGAUCGGCGAUACCUGGCUCGUUGAGAAGUACAUUUGCCCCAUCUACGACUUGACGGGACCUCACGGCCAGGUCUGGGACAACCCUCGCAACCUCGUCAAUACCAAACGCGACCAGGACAACGUUCCCCUGCGGCCCCGCAGACGGGCUGAUGCCGGCGCCGAGGUCCUGUACAAGGUCGGGCAGGUCUUUCGUCAUAGAAGACUCAAUUUCCUCGGCGUCAUCACGGGCUGGGCUGACGAUGGGCCCGCUGUCGCUCCCGAAGACACCGUGAUGCGAGCCGUCGACCCGAGCGGGGAGCGGUCGGUCUACUACACCUGCAUGCGCAUGGACUCCAUGAGCCAGUUCAAGGUGCUACAGCGAGCGAUCCUCCCCGUCAAUGACAGGUCUCAGAUUCCCGACGACCUUUUCGAGACCGCAGGGCUGUACUUCAAGCGAUUCGACGAGAAGAUGGGCAUGUUUAUCUCCAAUAUCCGAGAGGAGUUUCCUGAUGAUUAG